ACAACACGCCACUAGUCGGCGGUAACGCGGUAUUUUUGCUAUCCAGAGAACUACCAACGAAGAAGUCGGGUGCAGCUAACACGAUAGUUGCAUGAUGGGAUAGAAAAGAAUUAGUAAACAUGGAUAAAAAGAAGAAACCCUUCGAUGUGACUGCUUCAUCGCUAGUGGACCUUAAAGCUGAACUGUACAGGAAGCAGGAACAAUUUAAACAGGAAAAGCUCGGGCAAGAAAACGCUGGUGCUGGAGUCACAUCAACAUCUAAAGUCAAGAAACCUAAUGUUUGGAGCAAGCAAAAUGCUGGUGUUUCAGCAAGAGCUGAGAAAGAUGCAGAGCAGCUGGCUGAGGAGCAGAGCAGCCUGGAAACAGCAAAACACAAGUUGGAGGAGAAGGCCAAACUUUACGAGCAAAUGAUGAAAGGAGACUUUCCAGAUGAAGAGACAGAGGGACUUUUCCUGGUUGACUUCACCCAGAAGAUUAUUGACAAAAAGAGAGAAACAUUUGCACAGAAGCAGGGAGAUGAAGAGGAAAGAAACAGCUUGUCUCCUGUCCCUCCUCCUCAAAACCCGGAUGAGGAAUGGGUGGAUUAUGUGGACACUUUGGGUCGAUCUCGACGAUGCAUGAAGAAGGACCUGCCAGGUUUUAUGAAAAUGGACCAAGACCUUAAAGGAAAAGGAAAAGUCUCAGUUGAAAAGACACUACUCUCAGAGGACAUGCGUCGAGAGCUGCAGAGGCAGGAGUGGGAGAGGGAGGAAGAGGAGGCUAUGAAGAGGCCUGUUGGACCGAUCCAUUACGAGGACAUCAGGGGACAAGAGGCUCGGGAGCUUGGUGUGGGUUACUUUGCCUUCUCUCAGGAUGAAGAGAAUCGCAGAAAACAGAGAGAAACUCUGGACAUGCUCAGAGACCAGACAAUGGAUCAGCGCACUAAGAGGGAACACCUGAAGGAGAAGAGGCAGGCCAUCCUGCAGGCCCGAUUGGCGAAGGUGAGGCAGAGGAAGAUGAAGAAGGCCAAACUGGAUGGCGCUGAGGACGAACCAGUAGAGAAGGAGAACGAAGGAGACGAGGGGGAAGGUGAAUUAAUAGGACCCUCACCUCCACCCGAGGACUUGCCAGAGAUCAGUACAGUGAAAAAGGUGGAAGUGGAGAUCCAGGAAAGGAAGGACACCAAACCAGGAGUUCCUUAUAUCAGAGAAUGGGACAGAGGCAAAGAGUUUAUGUUUAGUGAGUGGAAAACUCAGCGUCGCCAAGAGCGAGAUUCAGAAUUUGCACCUCCUGCUGCAUACUUUGCUGAGGGGAAGCGACAAAAGCCAGAGAAGAGUAACACUCAGGAGAAUAAAUUCAAGACAAACUUCAAGUGGGCCAAAGACCCAGGAGAAAUCUCUGAGAGCAAGGAGGAACUGCAAUCUCUGCCCAAAGCUGCUCCCUCACCUCCUCAACAAAGUCCCCCAGCUCCUGCACAACCACAGACCACAUCACCUUCAGAUCACCCAGCAGAUUCAGCUCCUGCAUCUGCUCCCCCUUUUAAUCCCCAGUAUCCCCCUCAUCCAUUUUAUCCUCCAUUUCCUCCUCCUCAGUUUGUUGGACCACCUUACAUGCCUCCUGUUUUUCCCCCGCAGUACCCGAGCCACUAUCUACCCCACUAUCCACCUCAGUACCCCCCUCAGUAUCCGCUCCAGCAGCCUCCACAACCACCCCAACCUGCAGAUGUUAGUCAGACCCAGCAGUCUGCACAGAGUCUGGAUGACAUGCUGUCCUUCUACAGGAACUCUUCCUGAUCUUUUAAAAAAAUGUUCACCAUCAAGUUGGUUCAUAUUAUGAGUGUAAAUACUGGUCUUCUUUUUUUUUUGGGGGGAAUUCACAGAAACAGCAUAACUCAACAUCUCAGCCCUUAUAGUUUUAACAUUUAAUAAAUAUCAGAAUUUUGAAUG